GAAAGUUUCGAUCUUUGAAAAAGUAAAAAAAAAAAAAAACGCAAGCGAAAAACUCUGAAGACGAAGAAGAAGAUUUACAAAAUCAAGAUCGUUCCAUACUGAAUCGAAUCGAAUUUCGGAGUUAUCAAUCCCAAUCGAAAAAAAGGAAAACUUUGGGAGCAAGGAAAACAAACUUGGUGACCAAAUGUCUGUUUAUGACCAAACCGGAACCGUUACAUCAUCAAAGAAGAGGAAAUCUAGGGCAAGAGCAGACGGUAAGACAGUGGCUGAUAGGUUAAAGCAGUGGAAAGAUCACAACGAUGGAGAGAAUAAACGGAGACGGAUAGUUCAUGCGAAGGGUUCGAAGAAAGGUUGUAUGAAGGGUAAAGGAGGGCCAGAGAAUACUAAGUGUAGUUUCAGAGGGGUGAGACAAAGGGUUUGGGGUAAAUGGGUUGCUGAGAUACGGGAACCUAAUAGAGGAAGUAGGCUUUGGCUUGGUACUUUUCCGACAGCUGAAGAAGCUGCUUGUGCUUAUGAUGAAGCUGCUAGGGUUAUGUAUGGGCCUUUGGCUAGGCUUAAUUUUCCUGGUUUUGAGUUUGCUAGCAGUUCGUGUCAGUCUGAGGUGUGUACUGUUGAGGAUAAGGUGGUGAUUGGUGGUGAUGUUUGUGUGAAGCAAGAGGAUGGUGAUUGUGAGUCUAGACCAGUUUGUGAGAUCUUAGAUGUUAAGGAAAGGUGUGUUGAUAGUAGGCUGCGGGAGAAGUGUGUGGAUGAACAUCGAGAUGUGAAUAGUAGGCUGAGUUCUUAUUUGCUGGAUGAGUUUGAGCAGGAUUAUCAGAGUAGAUUAACGAAGGUUUUAGAGAAACCAAAGGAGGAGGAGGAAGAAGAAGUGAUACAGCCGCAGCUGGAGCUGGAGCCGGAGCUUAGUGUUGCGGAUUAUGGUUGGCCUAGUGAUACGCAAAACGAGGAAUGUUUUUGGGAUCAAGAUGAUCUUUUUGAUGUUGAUGAACUUCUUGGUGAUCUGGAUGUAGACCUGUUAACCGAUUUUGAUUUAUCCCAAAACGGGAACCCGGAGCAGGUACACCCUGGUGGUAAUGAUUCACAUCCUUUUCAGCUGGAACCACACAAUGAUCCUUGUGAAGACCAGGUAAACCCUGGUAGUAAUGAUUCACAUCCUCUUGAUUUGGAGCAACACGAUGGUCAUGAGUUCUUGGACUUGGAUUUUCUGGAUCUUUGA